AAUGCUCUUCACAUUCUUUUUAGCUUUUUAACAAGUCUUUGCAGAUUGCAUUGAAAAUUCAUACCUCACUUAUCCAAAUUAAGAAGAAUGGGUUUAUGUAUUAUUAAUUCUCUAUUAUUUACAAUUAGGCAGUCAAGAGAAUCUCUGUUAAAUUAGAAGGUGAAUAUGUAAUAGGAUUUGGAGAUGAUUAUGAAGUCAAAGAUAAAUCAAAAAUCUAAAUUAAAUAAGUACCUGGUGGUUUAACUUUUGGACCAUCUAAUUUUGAAAUAUAUUGUCCACCCAUACAUUAAUAAUCUAAAAAUGAAUAAGUUAAAUGUGAAAUUCAAUUAAAUAUGAAAGAAAUAAAUGCAACUUCUACUCCUUCUAAAGCAGUGUUUGCAUUUUCAGUAGAAUUAGAUAAUGAUCUUAAAGAAAAUCCAGUCUUUUAAAUAGAAAAAAACUUUUAAAUGAGAUUAAUGGAUUUUGCAAAAUAAUUAGAAAAUAUGGCAUAUUAUCUUGAAUAUGAGAAUUGUGAUUAAAUAGUUUAUUUACUACCAGAUCCACUCCCAAUAUCUUAAGAUUAAAUAAACUUACUAUAAAAAUACUCAAAAGCUUUACCAGAUGGUAGUCCCAUAGUAGCGGUAACAGAAUCUAUCAAAGGGUAAUUGUUUGUCGAGAAUUUUUCAAUCGAUUCAAGUUCAAAAACUCAUCUAUAUGGUUUAGUAGCUAUUAUCAUUGGUGUAAUUAUAUUGGCAGCCAUUAGAGCUUUUAAGUAAAAAACCUUUUUAAAUAUUUAAUAGCAAAAAGCGAGAAUUGUCUAAGUUGAACAAUCCUUCUAAAUAACCAUUAAAUGAAUAAGAACUAUCAAAAUUAACUUGA